CCCAGUCCGAGUCGAGUGUGCGCCACGCUCGCAAUCUCCGCUGGCGGUAAUAAUAAUUAGCAAAUAAAUAAGCAACAGUUCAAUUCAGCGCUGAAAAGCGCCUAAUCACCUCAGUCAAAUCGAGCGAUCAAAUGGAAGCAUCACGAGUUUCAAAAUCAGAUUGCUCCGGUUCUUCGUAGGGUGAGCAACUGGUAAUCCGUUCCACGCGAAUUUAGGCACCUACUCGUACGAAGUCGGACAUCUAAUUGUCAAGUGAGCGGUGAGCAGUGAGCAGUGAAGAAGCUGAGGUUCGCCUAAAUCAGAGCGCACAUGCCAAAGAUAACUUCAAAUUCACAAAAUAAGUCGUGACUUGGCAGUUUAGGUGCCUCAAUCACUUCAAUCGCAUGCUUACUACAUGCUUUUACGCAAUUAUACUUGUACUGCCAGCUCGAAAGUGAAUUAGUGAAAUGGAACUUGUGCCCCUGUCAGUCGACUGGUCAGGAUAGUAAUGUGGCAAGCUAGGCGCUGCUAAUGGGCCACGCCCACAACGACGCCCACUUGUGCGGAGGCGGGGGGCGGGGCGGGCGCUCAAUCAACUUGUUCGAUGAGCAACAGUUUGCCGCAAUUUAAGUUACGCUUUGCCACCUGUCGAGCGCCAACUUCGGAAGCCUCCACCCCCAAGGACUCGCUGGCCACAGCCGAAGGACACUCGGGCCGCCGCCGACGAAUUGGCGCCCGCCUGCGCAUCCAGCGUAUAAAAGGAGCCAUCCGGCACCAGGACGCACCAGUUGGCCCAAAGGAGCGGCGCGCGUCUCUCAAGUCGGACGCACGGAAGCCAGGACAACCUGAAACUAGUGGAGAGACCCGGAAAGUUGUGCAAAGUGCUUAGUUCAAAGUUUAGUCAAUUUUAGUCAUCUGAGCCGAGAUACAUUUUCCUGUAAGUUAGAUCAAAAAUUUAAUUGCCAGUCGAUUCAGCGAGGCCAGCAUGUGACGCGCCGUGGGAAAAUGCAAUUUCCACGACCACAGCGCUAAACGGGCCGGAAAAGCGGGAAAGCGGGAAAGCUAGAGACUGCAGGUGGGCGAGGAGCAGUGAAGAACAGUGGAGAGCCGUAAGUAGAGCGCAGAUUUCGCUUUUUCUGGCCCCGGACUGAGUGCAGAUCCAGAGUUCGGCUGGCUAAGCUCGUGCCGCGAUCGGCGUACACUGCCACGCCUCCAGGCACCACGCCCCCGCCCCUGUCACGCCCCCCGCAACGCAAGAUGGACCGCAGCGGGAACUCCGAUUUCGGAGGAGCAGCUGCCACGACGGGCCGCUCGAAUCCCGCGCCCUGGAGCGACGACAAGGAGUCGCCGAACAACGAGGACGACUCCAACGAGGACGACGGCGACCACUCCACGCCCGCCAAGGUCACCGAUCCACUGGCCCCCAAGUUGGCCAACAACGAGCGCAUUUUGGUGGUGUCCGUGACGGAGCGAACGCGGGAGACCUGGGGACAGAAGGCGGAGUUCCUCCUGGCCGUGAUUGGGUUCGCGGUGGAUCUGGGCAACGUGUGGCGAUUCCCGUACAUCUGCUAUCAGAAUGGAGGCGGCGCCUUCCUGGUGCCCUACUGCCUCUUCCUCAUCUUCGGCGGACUGCCGCUCUUCUACAUGGAGUUGGCGCUGGGCCAGUUCCACCGCUGUGGCUGCCUCAGCAUUUGGAAGCGCAUCUGCCCGGCCCUAAAAGGUGUGGGCUAUGCGAUCUGCCUUAUCGACAUAUAUAUGGGCAUGUACUACAACACCAUCAUCGGGUGGGCGGUGUACUAUCUCUUCGCCUCGUUCACAUCCAAGUUGCCGUGGACGUCGUGCGACAAUCCCUGGAACACGGAGAACUGCAUGCAGGUGACCAGCGAGAACUUCACGGAACUGGCCACCUCGCCAGCCAAGGAGUUCUUCGAGCGGAAAGUGCUCGAGAGCUACAAGGGCAAUGGGCUGGACUUCAUGGGUCCGGUGAAGCCGACGCUGGCGCUCUGCGUCUUCGGGGUCUUCGUCCUGGUGUACUUCUCCCUGUGGAAGGGCGUGCGCAGUGCCGGGAAAGUUGUGUGGGUCACCGCCUUGGCCCCCUAUGUGGUGCUAAUCAUCCUGCUGGUGAGGGGAGUUUCCCUGCCCGGCGCGGAUGAGGGCAUCAAGUACUAUCUAACCCCCGAGUGGCACAAGCUGAAGAACUCCAAGGUCUGGAUCGACGCCGCAUCCCAGAUAUUCUUCUCCCUGGGCCCCGGAUUCGGUACCCUGCUGGCCCUGUCCAGCUACAACAAGUUCAACAACAACUGCUAUCGGGAUGCCCUCAUCACCAGCAGCAUCAACUGCCUGACCAGCUUCCUGGCCGGCUUUGUCAUCUUCUCCGUUUUGGGGUACAUGGCCUACGUCCAAAAGACCUCCAUCGACAAGGUGGGCCUGGAGGGCCCGGGGCUGGUGUUCAUCGUCUACCCGGAGGCCAUAGCCACGAUGAGUGGCUCGGUGUUCUGGAGCAUCAUCUUCUUCCUGAUGCUGAUUACCCUGGGCCUGGACAGCACCUUCGGCGGAUUGGAGGCGAUGAUAACAGCGCUGUGCGACGAGUAUCCGCGGGUGAUUGGCAGGCGGAGGGAGCUGUUCGUCCUGCUGCUCCUGGCCUUCAUCUUCCUGUGCGCCCUGCCCACGAUGACCUACGGCGGCGUGGUGCUGGUCAACUUCCUGAAUGUCUACGGACCUGGAUUGGCCAUUCUUUUUGUGGUCUUCGUGGAGGCUGCCGGAGUCUUCUGGUUCUACGGAGUGGACCGCUUUAGCUCGGAUGUGGAACAGAUGCUGGGCAGCAAGCCAGGCUUAUUCUGGCGGAUCUGCUGGACGUACAUUAGUCCUGUGUUCCUGCUGACCAUAUUCAUUUUCUCCAUCAUGGGCUACAAGGAGAUGCUCGGCGAGGAGUACUACUACCCGGACUGGAGCUACCAGGUGGGCUGGGCGGUCACCUGCUCAUCGGUGCUCUGCAUCCCCAUGUACAUCAUCUACAAGUUCUUCUUCGCAUCGAAGGGCGGAUGCCGCCAGAGGCUGCAGGAGUCCUUCCUGCCGGAGGAUAGCUGCGGAUCGGUGGUGCCGGGCCAGCAGGGCACCUCGGUGUGACAUGACCACGCCCAGGUACACCUCAACAUCCGCAACAGCUGCACCAGCAUCAAGAUCUACAACCUCAACUGCAGCAGCAACAGCAACAGCUUGUCACCAACAACCUCAGGGGCCGAGGGAAGGAGCUGCCAGGCCGCCUUCCACUCGAACAAUCUCAACUGCAACCACUUCUGCCCGUCGGAGGAUCUGUAUCGGAGCCGAAACCAACAACAGUAUCAUCAUCAUCAUCAUCAUCCUCAUCCUCAUCCCCAUCCUCAUCAUCAGCAUCAGCAUCGGAUCAGCAGCGAUAUCGUUAGUUCUAGUCUUAGGCAGUCGCACAGCUAUAGUUUAAGCCUCUGCUCGGUGCAGAGCAAUCCCAUGACGUCCACCAGGAUCCCACUUGCUGCCGAGGACAAUAACUGCUCGCUGCGACUCAGCAGCUGCCAGCCGCUCAAGUUCCCGCUGGCCAGCGAGUGGCUGGUCUAAGGGAAGCCUCCAGUCCACACCGGAGUCCUGCAAAGCAGCCAUUUUGCAGGGCUCCCGUGUACAGAGCUACAGGUCUGCAAUACGGAAAAGGGAGGAACUCAACGUUUGAUCUAGUUUCCGAUUGCUUUGCAGGCACACAGUAAACCUAAGUAUUCUAGUUGUUCAGCCAUCGAUGGUGUUAGCAAUGGAACCCUAGCCUUAGUUCGUAAGCGUUAACUAGCUCAGCUGUAAGUCAAGUGAAAUUUGGUAAAAUGCUUUCUAAGUAGUAACUGCUCUAAGAUAGGGAAUGCCCUGUACAAUGCAUUACUCAGUCGUUUUCGUGCUCGUGGAAAGGCAAUCGUAGCUCAGCCAUUUACGUUGCCUCUCCAGCGAGUUUAAUUUGUUUUAAAAUAUAAUUUCGGUUUUACGAAAUACAAAAACA